CCCGUCUUCCCAGAUUAUUUAACAUUUCUCCUAUCCCAUUUCCAGAAACAAUGGCAACAGAUGUUGCAGAGCUUCAAUCCAAGAAACCACACAUCGUCGUUCUCUCAAGCCCUGGUAUGGGUCACGUGAUCCCUCUCUUCGAGUUCGCUAAGCGCCUCGUCCUCCUCCAUGGCUGUCACGUGACCUUCCUCAACAUCACCACCGAAGCUUCCGUCGCCCAAAUUCAGCUCCUCCACUCCCCGAACCUCCCUCUUGGCCUCUCCGUCGUCGAUUUCCCACCCGUCGAUCUCUCCGGCAUGGUCACCGACCACACUUUAGCUCUUACCCGUCUCUCUGUAAACGUACAACAGAGCUUGCUCUCCCUAAAAUCCAUGCUCUUACAGCUUCACAGGCCCCAAGCCGUCGUCAUCGACUUGUUCUGCACCCAAGCGUUUGAAAUAUGCAAGGAGCUUUCCAUCCCUACCUUCAUGUUCUUCACUGCUUCCACUCACUUGCUUGCCUUCUCCUUGCUCCUUCCCCAGCUUGACCGUGACGUCACCGGCGAGUUCGUCGACCUUGCUGCACCCAUUCAAGUUCCGGGAUGCUCACCGGUCCGAACCCAAGACCUCCUAGAUCAGGUCAGAGAUCGAAAAAGCGACGAUUAUAAAUGGUAUCUGUAUCACCUUAGCAGAGUGCCAAUGGCCGAUGGGGUGUUCUUGAAUACGUGGGAGGAUCUAGAACAGUUACCAGUUCGAGCCAUCAGAGAGCAUUCUUUCUACAAGAAGAUGCUCACAGCACCAGUUUGCUCUAUCGGACCAGUGAUAAAGGAAACCGAACCGGUCACAGGAAGAGGAACAGAGUGUUUGGCCUGGCUCGAGGAACAACCGGCGAACUCGGUUGUCUUUGUUGCCCUCGGCAGUGGGGGAACCCUAUCUGCGGAGCAGCUCACAGAGUUAGCGUGGGGUCUCGAGCUGAGCCGGCAACGGUUCAUAUGGGUGGUUCGAACCCCAAAUGAUGCCAAUGCCUGUGCUGCUUUUUUCGACGUUGGCGGCGAGAUGAACGACCCAAAAUCCUAUUUACCAGAAAGGUUUAUAGAGAGGACAGGAGGAAGGGGUUUGGUGGUGCCGUCGUGGGCCCCACAGGUGGCGGUGCUGCAGCACAGGUCGACGGCGGCGUUUCUGUCUCACUGUGGGUGGAACUCUGUGUUGGAGAGCUUGGCUCACGGUGUGCCGAUAAUAGCGUGGCCGCUUUACUCAGAGCAAAGGAUGAACGCGACGACGCUGGCAGAGGAGGUGGGAGUGGCGGUGAAGGUGGCGGGGGAGAAGGCGGAGAGGAGGGUGGUUGGGAGGGAGGAGAUAGAGAGGGCGGUGAGACUGAUGGUGGAAGGCAGAGAAGGGAUGGAGAUGAGACAAAGAGCAAUGAAGCUUCAAGAGAGUGCAAUGAAAGCGUUGGGUUAUAGUGGGUCCUCUCAUGAGUCACUCGCUCGAGUUGCAGAACAAUGGAAGGCCACCUUGAAGAAUUGAUGAUUAAUUUAUAUGCAAGGGAUAUGGGUUUCUGGGAUCAUUUAUGGUGUUGUAGAAAAGUCAACUAUUAGUUGUCACCUUGGAAUUCUCAUAUUUUCAUAUCAAAAAAUUAAAAAUAAAAAAAAAUUGAAUUGUCAUA